UCGAUGUUUCGAUUACGGUAGUUCCGGCCGAGAGUGCGGCAGCAGCGAGGCAGACCACGGGGGACGCACGCACGCACGCGGAGUGGCGGAUCAUACGCGCGUGUACGCGGUGUGUGUGUACGCGAGGAGUGUAGCGCUCAACAGAAAUAACUAUUUUUUAAACCCGUCCCGAGCCCGGUACCCGGUGUCGGAUCAGCGCGCGGCAUAAGUGUUGCGGCGUGCCUACCGUGUGUGUGUGUUGUAACCGAAAAAAAAAGAAACCCACAGGAACAUUACCCCGUUUAUAGCUGCGGGCCGGCUGUGUGUGUGCCGAAACAACUGAUUAACAUGGCGAACAGCAUAGCACCAGACUCGUGGGAGCAGCAGGCGGACAGCAACGGCGACAUCGUCGGCCCGCCGCCCGCGCAGGACAAGUCCAUCGAGAGCAAGUUCUCCACCCUAAAUGUCAACGCUGCGGAAUUCGUGCCUUCCUUCUGCAUCAACUCGUCGCCGCAGAGCAACACCGCGACGGCGGCCGACAGCAGCCCCUGCAAUGUCGCCGCCGCGGUGAUGAACACCGUAACCACCACCUCCAUGCCCGUCGAGAUACAUCAUGGAAAUUCUACUCCCGUUGUUCUAUCAGAUCCAAUCGGCAGUCGAGUUGAGGAACCUCCUGCUGGGGGAGGGGCUCCACCGCCGAACGUCAACGACCAACUAAAUACCAGCCCAGAGCACCAACCUGCAGAUUCUUGGGAAGAAGCUGCAGUCGAUGGUGACCCUUUACUUACUCCUGAAAAUGAAGAAGCUGACAAUGAUGAGGAUGAGGAACUGGUUGUUAAAGUACCUAAAAAGAAACCUGUCAAAGUAGCAGAAGAUACCAAAAGCAAAAAGGAACAUGUUAACGUUGUUUUCAUAGGGCACGUGGACGCCGGAAAGUCAACCAUUGGAGGUCAAAUUAUGGCGCUCACGGGGAUGGUCGACAAACGUACUCUAGAAAAAUACGAACGAGAGGCGAAAGAAAGAAGUCGAGAAACAUGGUACUUAAGUUGGGCGUUGGAUACAAAUCAGGAAGAAAGAGAGAAAGGGAAAACAGUGGAAGUAGGUAGAGCAUAUUUCGAGACGGAGCGGAAGCAUUUCACAAUAUUAGAUGCACCCGGCCAUAAAAGCUUCGUACCGAAUAUGAUUGGCGGCGCGGCGCAAGCCGAUCUAGCAGUUCUUGUUAUUUCUGCGAGAAAAGGCGAGUUCGAAACGGGCUUCGACAGAGGGGGUCAAACGAGAGAGCACGCUAUGCUUGCUAAAACCGCGGGUGUCAAGCAUCUGGUUGUGUUAGUGAAUAAGAUGGACGAUCCUACUGUCGAAUGGGACGAAGGACGGUACAAUGAAUGCAGGGAUAAGAUACUGCCAUAUCUUCGUAAAUUAGGAUUCAAUCCUGCGAAAGAUCUUACGUUCAUGCCGGUUUCUGGUCAGCUCGGUAUUGGCCUAAAGGAUCCAAUACCCGAACAUCUCUGUAAUUGGUAUAGUGGCCCACCCUUCAUACCUUUUAUCGAUUCACUACCGUCGCUCAAUCGUAAGAGUAAUGGGCCCUUUAUUAUGCCGAUUGUCGACAAAUACAAGGACAUGGGGACAGUAGUUAUGGGCAAAGUUGAAGCGGGAGAAGCCAAAAAAGGACAGUCGUUGCUCGUUAUGCCAAAUAGGACGGCGGUGACGGUGGAUCAGCUGUGGUCGGAUGAUGAGGAAGUGACGUCUGUGGGACCUGGAGAAAAUGUGAAAAUCAAGCUGAAGGGUAUUGAGGAGGAGGACGUUAGCCCCGGAUUUGUUUUAUGCGAUAGCAACAAUCCUAUCAAGACUGGGAAGGUCUUCGACGCGCAGGUCGUGAUCUUAGAACACAAAAGUAUCAUUUGUGCGGGAUACAGUGCUGUUAUGCAUAUCCAUUGCGCCGCGGAGGAAGUCACAGUUAAGGCGCUGAUUUGUUUGGUGGACAAGAAGACGGGCGAUAAAAGUAAAACGAGGCCAAGGUUCGUUAAGCAGGAUCAGGUGGCUAUAAUGAGAAUCGAGUGCGCGGGAGUUAUAUGUCUUGAAAGAUUCAAAUUAUUCCAACAAAUGGGUCGCUUCACUCUUAGGGAUGAAAAUAAAACUAUCGCAAUUGGCAAGGUGCUGAAGGUCGUCGAAUAAGAAACUUGCUUAAGUGUUAUGACAGAUUACUAAUUAAAAAAAAAUGAUCAUUAUUUCAAUGUGACAAAUAUAUGACGAUGCAAGGCGAGCACACGAUAUUAAGCAAACCAAACGGGCAUGAUGAAAUUCCAGCGGAUUAGUAAUAAUGUAAUAUAUAACACAACUCACCUACGCAGAGCUAUACAUACAAUACGUGUUGCGACACAACGGGGCAGGGGUGGGGUGGGGGGAGAAGGGAAAAAAAUAUUUAUAGCCUGAUAUAAAAGCAAAUAGAUUCGAUUAUAUAGCUAAGGAGACAUACACAAUCGAAAAUUCAAGAGCGUGUGUUCCUCUUAUUAGAUAAGCUGAAUGAUGGCACUUGCAUUGGAAUAA